UGUUCCAGCUGUGGUGUGGAUGCAUGAAUCACUGAUUUCCUACUAGGAGAGUUUAUCAUUGAAAACAGUGAUGUCUGUGAUUUUGGACGAGGAUCUUUACUGCUCCAUCUGCCAGGAUACCUUCAGGGAUCCUGGCAUCCUGUUCUGCAGCCACAGCUUCUGUAGGUCCUGCAUGGAAAGCUGUUUGCAUGGUAAAGACAUACUGGAGUGUCCUCUUUGUAUGAAGAGUAGAAAAGUUGCUCCAAAGCCAGAGGUUAUCUGCCGUCUCCACGGUGAGAAAUUCAAACUCUUUUGCGUGGAGCACAGGGAGCCUUUGUGUCUCGUUUGUCAGCAUUCAGAUGAACAUGCUGGACACAGAUUCAAACCAAUCAGUGAAGUCGCUGAGGGGCAGAAGAAAGUGCUCAGAAAGGCCCUGGGGCCCUUACAGCAGAAGCUGAAGGUCUUCAGAGAGGAGAAAGGAAACCUGAAUGAGACGGUGAAGCACGUUAAGCUCCAGGCUGAACAGACGGAGGGACGGAUCAGGGAGCAGUUCAGGAAGCUACGUCUGUUUCUCCAGAGGGAAGAAGACACCAGGAUUGCUGCUCUGAGGACAGAAGAAAGCAAGAAGAUCCAGAAGUUAAACCUAAAGAUUGAUGCCCUCAAUAAAGAGAUUGCUGCUCUUUCCCGGAGCAUCAAUCAAACAGAAGGAAUGCUGAAAGCUGAGGAUGCUUUGCUGCUGCUGAAAUUCAAGACUGCUGUGCAAACUCUCCGACAGCGCCCCCUGCUGGACGACCCGCAGCCCGUCUCAGGAGCCCUGAUAGAUGUGGCCAAACACCUGGGAAACCUCCCCUUCAACAUCUGGAACAAGAUGAAACAUCUGGUGUCCUACACUCCUGUGGUUCUGGACCCGAACACGGCCAACUUUGAGCUCAUCCUGUCCGAGGAUCUGACCAGGCUGAGAUGCGGACAGAAACAGAACCUCCCAGACAACCCAGAGAGGUUCGACUUCUUCCGCAUCGUCCUGGGCUCUGAGGGCUUCAUGUCAGGAAUCUACAGCUGGGACGUUGAUGUUGGAGAAAACACAGACUGGUUUGUGGGCGUCGCUUCACAGGGAGUCCAGAGGAAAGGAAUUCAUCCCACCCGUCUGUGGAGAAUAGGGUGCCUGGAUGGGGAAUAUGUCGCUCGGGCCCUAUCAGAACCUUCCCUUGUUCUGUCUCCAGUCGGAAAGCUAAGCAGGAUCAGAGUCCUUUUGGACUGGAACAGAGGGAAGCUGCUGUUCCUUGACCUUGAUACCAACACACUCAUUCACACCUUCUCAUAUACAUUUACAGAGAAACUCUUCCCAUAUUUCAACACGCUGAAUGAAACGCCACUGAAGAUAAUCCCAGAAAAGUUCUUUGAAAACCUGAGUUGAAAUAGAAAUCAUUGGAGGCAGUUCUGGAGAACCAGCAUCACAAACAUACAGAUGGAUGGAAAUUACUUACUGGAAGAAUUUAUUUAACACUUAAAUCUCAGGGCUUAUUAAAUAGAUAUAUUUAAAUAAAUGUGUAUUUAGAUAAAGUCAUUUGAACUGUAAACGAAAACAUAAAAUUUGCACCUAAAGCCAGGCAUACACUGUACGAUUUUUUACCCAUUUUGGGCCGAUUCUCCAGUCGUGCGAGGAUUGCACGA